CAUCCACGGUCUCCCCUCCUCUCUUUUAAGCAGCUGCGGCUCCCCUGGAGAAAACCCUAGCUAGCUUCUUCCCCAUCGAGCGCCGCCACACCCUUUUCCUCCUCCUCCCAAAAACCCUACUGUGAGAAAACACCGCCGCCGUCUACCGUCCGUCGCCGCCGCCAUGGACGCCGUCGACGCUACCUGAGCACGGGAACGGGACCCUCUCUCCCUCCUCUACUUCCUGGACGCCGUCAAGGACUCCAACUCGCCAAGAUCUGCACAUCUCCUCCACGACUGCAACGUCUACGUCACGGGCACCUCCUUUCUUCUUCGACUCCGGCGCCUCCCCUUCGUCUCCGACCACCCCAGGACGCCGACGCACAGCAGUACGAGCAGGAGUACGAGUUCCCUCUGGAGGAUCGUGUCGGUGCUUCUACCUCUGAUCUGACAGGAUGGUUAGACCUCCGCCACCUCCUCCGCUGGGACCAGCCCUGUUGCAAAUGACUCAAUUGUUGAGCCAGAUGCAGCAAACCCAGCACAACUUCGAUCAAGCUCGUCAUGACAAUGGUCGAGUGAUGAUCCGGGACUUCUUGCAGUUGAACCCGCGAUCGUUCGACUCUACUCCUGAACCGCUGGAUGCAGAUGAUUGGGUGCGCGAUGUCAACCGCAUGCUCAACACAGCGGGAGUCGCCCCAGAAGACAAAGUGCGGUUUGUGACUCACCUACUGAAAGGAGGGUCCGCAGCAUGGUGGGAGAACUUUCUCGAGAUGCGUCCCGCCAAUGCUCCUGAUGUCACUUGGGAAGAAUUCAGGGAAGCUUUCAGAAGCCACCACAUUCCUGAAGGGCUAAUGGACAGGAUGAAGGAGAAAUUCCUCAGUCUUGUCCAGGGCAACAAAGACGUGAUGGCAUACAGCAUCGAGUUCUCAAGGCUAGCUCGCUAUGGUGGUGAAGAAGUGUCUACUGAUGCUAAGAAGCAGAAGAGGUUCUGUAAUGGCCUCAAGCCGGCACUCAAGUACGCGCUCACUCAUGUCUCGAUGGACACCUUUGACAAGCUGGUCAACACUGCUAUCAAGGAAGAGUCGGGUAGGCUUGCGUUCGACGAGUCACGCAAGCAUACUCGAGAGGUUGGUGCUCCUUCUUCAGCGCCGCCUCAGAAGCGAAGGUUGUGGGUUCCUUAUCCCGCACCGCCAGGACAAGCUACACAAGCUGGGUAUGCUCCCCGCCCUCCCACCCCACAGCUUCAGCAGAGGACCUACCAAGCUCCGCCAAGGCCUGCUUAUGGUGGACCAAGGCCGAUGGGUCCACGUGCCGACCCCACAUGCUACAAGUGUGGUCAGGUUGGGCACAUCUCUACCUUUUGCCCUCAGAAGCUUCCUCCACCACCACCUCGCUCUACUUCGACAAAUGCGAUGGUUCGUGCACCAGCUCCGGGCCGGGCCUUCAACAACAACACCAGGCAAGGUCCGAGGGCUGCUCGCGUCAACAACAUCAACGUUGAGCAAGCUGAACAAGCUACCGACGUCGUGCUUGACGCCGACGCAGAGCAGUACGAGCAGGAGUACGAGUUCCCUCUGGAGGAUCGUGUCGGUGCUUCUACCUCUGAUCUGACAGGUACGACAGAUGAUGAGCAGUACGCAGGUGGCUACUUUGUCGAGUUCACGGACGGCGACUUCGUUGCGUAGCAGGAUCGUUCCUAAGGCAGCAGCCUGUGGCUUGUUGGUUAUGGAAACACCGCUUGAUUAUCUUCAGGACUCUUAGUCCAAUUUGGAUCUUGUCUGUACCCAGACUAUUUGGCUAUCUUAUGUAUGAUGUACUGAUGGGAUAUGUUUCCCCAUUGAGUGUCAUUUGGAUCUUGCUCAUUAGAGCGUUGCUAUAUAUAUGAACCUUAUUUCCA